AUCCCUCUACUCUCAUAGCACACACCAAGAGACAGAGCUAAGCAACAAUGGCCAAAGUGGUUGCCCUCAUCGCCUCCGCCCUCUGCAUCUUGGCCCUCGCCGGCUUCGCCCAGUCCCAGCAAGAUGAGUUCGUUGUCAAAGGCCAGGUCUACUGCGACACCUGCCGCGUCCUGUUCCAGACCAAACUCAGCAAAAACGUCGCUGCUGCUGGAGUGGAACUGAAAUGCAGGAGCCGUUUGAACGACACGGAGACCCUGUCGGUGACGUCCCAGACCGACCAGGCAGGAGCGUACGAGAUCACCGUGAAGGGCGAUCGCGAGGACGACAUCUGCGAGGUGCACGCCGUCCACAGCCCCCUGUCCGGCUGCGUCGAGACGGCACCGGAAAUCAGCUCGACCAGAGUGUCCCUCGCCGAGAACACCGGCAUGAAGUCCAAAGUCCGGUACGCCAACCCGAUCGGGUUCAGGGGAGACAAGGCCGAUUCCCAGUGCACCGAGGUUCUCGACGAACUGGGUCUUAUCCCUGAACUGAGUAAGGACAAGUUCCAGGAGGAGGACUAGUGCUCAGUUUUUUUUUGAGGAGGAAGACAAUCUUUUUACCUCUUGUUUUUUGUUUUGUCAUGA